UCCAUUUCACACUCUUUUACACACACACUCUUUUCACACACACACACCAUGACAGACUGCGCACAACCAUGGCUAUCGUAUUGGAUAUCACAUUCACUUGCAUUCAUUCUCGGGUCUCUUGUCUCUCUCCUCUUGAUUCUCUCGGGUUUCCUCGUCUUUAUUCACUGGCUUCCUUACUAUGUUCUUCCCGUCAAGGCAAAGCGCUCAUUCCUUCCCCCCAACCACACUACUACUACUACUACUACUAAAUUACCAUCACUACUACGGAAACGGCCUAGGAGGCACAAGCGACUGUCGGGUUUUGAUCCUCACUUGUUUAGAAAGGGCUGGGUCCGCAUUUCAUCCGUUGCUCUCACUCCAGUGGAACUGCACGAGGAUGGGACAGAGGUGGUUGUGCAAGAGGGUGGAACGCGACGAGUAAAGAAAAAGAGAUCUUUUACACAGUCGACAUUUCAAGUCUCAAAGGAAAUGGUUGCUUCUGCUCAGAAAUCGGCCAUAUCCGUCUAUUCCUUGACGCGCUCAGUCUCCUCCUAUCUGGUCUCGAGGUUCAUGGGCCAGCCUUCUGCUGUGGCUUUACAGGGAGCAGAUUCUUUCAAGACGACCACCGAUACAACUACUACUACUACCACCACCACCACUACCACCACCACUCCUGUCCUACAGGAACCCCCACCGCCGCCAUGGCGGAACGCUUAUGGCGUCCUCAAAUACAAGACAUUAUACCUUUAUUCGAGUGAAACUCAGGAAGAAUGUACAGACGUUUUGGCCCUCUCGGAUUAUACCGUAGAAUUAUACCCUCCAACCACCACAGAUCUUGACAUUUACCUCCGCACCCAUCCCAUCCGCUUGGUCUCAAAACAACACCCCGACCGCAUCUUGUACAUGUAUUACCCCACAGGCUCGGACAAGGAAGACUGGUACAUUAUGCUCCGCCGCGCAACUCUGCUCCCCACUUUUGCCGACGCCGGAGCAAUGUCUGCUUAUCAUCAAGACAGCGAACCCGUCCGCGCCUAUGUUGAUGCCAUGAAAAAGCUCGUCAAUACCCUCAGACCGGCCCUGGACCAUCAUCCGGGAUGAACAACAACAAUCAAACAAUACGCUCGCAACCGCCGGGUUGAACGCCCUUGGGUCGGGGGGCCUUUGUGGAAUCACGCUAACCCCCACGUCAAGAA